AUGGCCCACCGCUUCAUAUACUACAAGAAAUACACCAGUGACAUGCGGCUCUACCGAUUUUCUAUACGUCAAAAUUCUUGCAGAGCGGGCAUUAUGAUGAGGUUUCUCGAUGCUCUUCAUGUCGCAUUCAGCACCCAUGCUCUAUAUUUCUACCUAGUGGAUAUGUUCGGGGACUUGUCCGGCGCCCUGGUACAUAGCGUGUGGUUCGCAUUUGUUGGUGGUUCCAACCAGAGAACUCUCUCUAAGAACGGUUGGCAUAUUCAGGUGCAAUUAGGUAUAAACGUAUUGAUCGUCAUAUGUGUUCAAGGGUACGAGUCGUACAGUUACUCCGAAGCGGCUAAAGUCUUAUAUCCUAGUUUAUACGUUAUUCGGCUAUGGAAAUUAGGAAGGCUUUUUCACAAAUUUCUCCCGUGUGCCGUCUUCUUGGUCCUGACAGCCUCACUCGGUAACAUAAUUGCGUUCUUGGCUUCCAGGUGUCGGAAUAUUAAUGGUCUAUGCCAUAUGUAUCACAUCUGA